UGUAAAAAGAGGCUAUUACGUAGGCGCAGCAGUGGAGUGGAACAACUGAGGAUUCAUUUUGUUGGAGAAAAUUUCAGGGUUUAGGAUUACAAAAUCAAGAAGAGAAGUCGAACUUCGAUGGAGAGUGCCUUCGCGAGCGCCUCUGCGAUCACUGACCAGAGGCAAAAGAUCGAACAGUACAAGCACAUUCUAGCCACCGUGAUUUCCUCCAACGACGUUGUUCAGGCCAAGAAAUUCAUCGAUCACGUUCUAUCGGACGACGUUCCGUUGGUGGUGUCGCGGCAACUUUUGCAGAGCUUUGCGCAGGAAUUGGGGAAAUUGGAGCCUGAUGCCCAAAAAGAGAUUGCGCAUUAUAUUCUUUCCCAGAUUCAGCCUCGGGUUGUGUCGUUCGAAGAACAGGUGCUAGUUAUCAGGGAGAAACUUGCUGAGUUAUAUGAAUCUGAGCAGCAAUGGUCUAAAGCAGCUCAGAUGUUGAGUGGCAUCGAUCUAGAUUCUGGAAUGAGAGUGAUUGACGAUACAUUCAGAUUGUCAAAAUGCGUCCAAAUUGCUCGUCUUUAUCUUGAGGAUGACGAUGCUGUUAAUGCAGAAGCUUUUAUUAAUAAGGCUUCAUUCUUGAUUAGCAAUAGUCAGCAUGAAGUUUUGAAUUUGCAGCAUAAGGUAUGUCACGCGAGAAUUUUAGAUUUGAAGAGGAAAUUCUUGGAAGCAGCUUUACGUUAUUAUGGCAUAUCCCAAAUUGAAAAGCGGCAAAUAGGAGAUGAGGAGAUUGAUGAGGAAGCAUUGGAGCAAGCUCUUUCUGCUGCUGUGACCUGUACGAUUUUGGCAGCUGCAGGUCCUCAACGUUCUCGUGUUCUUGCAACUUUGUACAAAGAUGAACGGUGCUCAAAAUUGAAAAUUUAUCCUAUAUUGCAGAAGGUGUAUUUGGAGAGAAUUUUGAGAAAACCUGAAAUUGAUGCUUUUGCCGAAGAAUUAAAAGCACAUCAGAAAGCACUUCUACCAGACAAUUUUACAGUUCUGGAUCGUGCAAUGAUUGAGCAUAAUCUUUUGAGUGCAAGCAAGCUCUACACAAACAUAAGCUUUGAUGAGUUGGGCACCUUGUUGGGCAUUGCUCCUCAUAAGGCCGAAAAGAUAGCAUCAAGAAUGAUUUAUGAAGAUAGAAUGAGAGGAUCAAUUGAUCAGGUAGAAGCUGUCAUACACUUUGAAGAUGACACUGAAGAGCUGCAACAAUGGGAUCAACAGAUUGUCGGCCUUUGUCAGGCUCUCAAUGAUGUCUUGGAUGGCAUGGCAAAGAAGGGCUUGUCAAUCCCCGUCUGAUUGAUAUUCGUGAUGAUAAGGACUUCAAAUUUUUUGACCUCUAUGUACUUAUUAUGUAGUAUUAUAUUAUAACUUGUUUCCCUAAAUAUAGGGUUUCUGUCUAGCACAGGGUUUCUGUGGUUACCCAAGACCAUUUCUCCAGUCAACUUGCUUCAACCUUUGCAUGAAAAGUUGAUGGUGUAGGUUUAAUUCUUAAUUUUGCAUCCUCAGUCACAUUGUUUGAUGUAGCAUAUUUUAAGUGGCUUUAUAGUUCAA